UACGUCGUAACGAAACUUCGGAAGUCCGAAACCGAUCUCUAGAGUGUUCCACGUCGUACCCAGUCGUCACGUUUCAGAUUCGUAGAGAGAGAGAGAGAGAGAGACAGAGAACAGAGACGAGAGAGAGAUGAGAGAGAACUUUCGCUUCUACAAUGGCGAUCAACUACUGCUAGGGUUUACACUCGCUUUCUUCUACUUAAUCGCACCAAUCGGAGCUUCGAUUCACGAGUAUCGUAACGAGUAUUUCACUCCUCAGUUGAACGCCUUCCUCUUUCACGGCGGCAGUGAAGGUCUAUUCGCCUCCAAACAUCACGAAGAUCAUCAUGAUAAUAAUAGUAAUAUCACGUCACUUACUUCGCCGGAAUUUAAGCCUCUCGCCGGAAAAUCAUUCAUCAGAUUUGAAAGUGUAACCUUCAAGAGGACAAGUGAAUCAGCAAAAAUUCAGAAUGAUAUGCAGAGUAGAACUGGAUUAAUCGAAGCUAUUGUAUUCGAGGUGAAAGAUACAGAAAGAAUCGGUGGCAAUUUUCUGAAAAACAGUUCCAAUGUGUUAUGUUGCAACCCAAAGCUCUCUGCAGACAGGUCCUGCAAAGUAGGUGAAGUUAUUAUCCAAAAAGACGAAAAUAAUCCCGAAUGGCCGAAACGCAUCCAAACCUUCUUUGAAGGAAACAAUCAAGAAGCUAAAAUGGAUACUCAGUCAGUUGAGAUCGAUAAAACCGGUAUGUAUUAUCUUUAUUUUAUGUAUUGUGAUCCACAACUCAAAGGUACAACCAUAACUGGAAAAACCGUGUGGCGUAAUCCCGAUGGCUAUUUACCUGGGAAGAUGGUUCCGCUCAUGACGUUUUACGGAUUCAUGUCUUUAGCGUACCUUAUUCUCGGGCUCGGUUGGUUUUUACGAUUUGUACAGUUUUGGAAAGAUAUAAUGCAGUUACAUUAUCAUAUCUCGGCUGUAAUUGCUCUUGGUAUGUGUGAAAUGGCGUUUUGGUAUUUUGAUUAUUCAAAUCUUAGUGUGACUGGAGUUCGACCCGUGGGUAUUACGAUAUGGGCGGUUACAAUUAGUGCUGUUAAGAAGACGCUUUCUCGGUUAUUGCUAUUGGUGGUGGCAAUGGGAUACGGUGUGGUGAGGCCCACACUAGGAGGCGUGACCUCGAAAGUGUUGAUUCUUGGUUUUGUAUAUUUUCUUGCUUCUGAGUCACUUGAGAUUGUUGAACAUUUGGGGACUAUUAAUGAUUUUACUGGAAGAACGAAACUGUAUUUGGUGUUGCCUGUUGCGGUUUUGGAUGCUUGGUUUAUUUUGUGGAUAUUUUCGUCUUUAUCCAAGACGUUGGAGAAGCUUCAGAUGAGGAGAAGCAUUGCAAAACUGGAGGUUUAUAGAAAAUUCACAAAUGCCCUUGCGCUUUUUGUGCUUGUUUCUAUUGCUUGGAUUGGAUAUGAGUUGUACUUUAAUGCAACCGACCCAAUAAGCGAGCUGUGGCGCAUUUACUGGAUUAUUCCUGCCUUCUGGUCGCUGCUUGCCUUUUCACUUUUGGUAGUUAUAUGCAUCCUUUGGGCUCCUUCUCGCAAUCCCACUAGAUAUGCUUACGCAGGGGAUACAGGGGACGACUAUGAUGAGGAGGCGAUAUCACUUACAACCGGAGUGAAAGUUGAGGGCGGUGAAGUUGGAACCACAGUGAUGGAAAGGAAGGAAAAGAAAGGUUUGGGGUCAACUGAUCAUCUUAUCGGGCUAACUGAGGAUCUAGCAGAAGACAAACGAGAAUGAACAAACAAGGUUGUUGUCUUAUGUCGUGUGUCAUGUAUGUAUAAAAACGUGGCUAACCGUUUUGAAUAUAUCGUGGAGUUGUAAGAUGUUGAAUGAUGAUAGAAAUUAGAGAGCACACUAGUACUUCACUUUGUUCGCCUUUUGCACAAAAAUGAGAAACUAGCCCCUUUGGAAA